AUGUACACUUUUUAGAAGAAGGAAGCUCUAUCUGAUAUCUUUGCUUAAGUUAAAGAUGUAGAUAAACAAAUAUUUGGUGUCAUAUUAGAAAUAUUUCGAAAGGAAAAACUUAAAGACUGUAUUGGAUAUCUUAUGGAUAAUGGAAAUCAAAAAGAUGUAGAAAAAUCUAUCAUACAACAAAGAAAGAAUAUAAACUAAGCCCAAAAUGAAAAGAUGGUGUAUGAUUUUAGAGAGAACAUACAACAAAUUACUUAUGUUUUAAAAAAAUUAAAAAAUCAUAACUUUAAUAAGAAAGACUAUUCAGCCGAUGAAGAUUAAAAAUCAAUACAAAAUUUGAUUAAAAGAAUCAGAGAUAAUGAAAAGAUUAUCGAAUUUUUAUAAUUUUUAGUUUAGCUCACAUCCUUCGAUACAACUUUAAUAUAAUGUGGGUCCAAUUCAUUACAUGUUUUAGUUUAGAUGAAGGUGGACCUUAGAUACAAAAAUUUUGAAAAUAUUAAGAUCCAAAAUACUUCUUUGAUGGGAGCUAAUUUAGUGAGAUGUAAUUUGAAUGGAUCUGAAUUUGUUAAUGUAAAUAUAAGUGGAGUCAAUUUGAAUGGUGGUUAACUCAUGAAUUGUAAAUGGAAUAACAUAAGAAUCCAUGAAUUAGAUAAAUUAAAUGGUCAUACUAGUUUUGUCUAAUCAGUCUGUUUUUCUCCUGAUGGAAAUACAUUAGCUUCUGGUAGUGAAGAUAAGUCUAUCCGUCUAUGGGAUAGGAAAACCGGAUAACAAAAAGCCAAAUUAGAUGGUCAUACUAGUUUUGUCGAAUCAGUCUGUUUUUCUCCUGAUGGAAAUACUUUAGCUUCUGGUAGUGAAGAUAAGUCUAUCAGACUAUGGGAUGUUAAGAUUAAGAAAAAAUUAGCCAAAAUUGAUGGUCAUACUAGCACUGUCUACUCGGUCUGUUUUUCUCCUGAUGGAAAUACAUUAGCUUCUGGUAGUGAAGAUAAGUCUAUCCGCCUAUGGAAUGUAAAAACAGGAUAAUAACAAACCAAAUUAAAAGGCCAUUCAGAAACUGUCUGGUCUGUCUGUUUCUCUCCUGCUGGAAAUUUAUUAGCAACUAGUAGUGGAAGUAGUUUUGGUUAAUGCAUUGAUAACUCAAUUCUUCUAUGGGAUGUAUAAACAUUACAACAAAAAGCCAAAUUCGAUGGUCAUUAAUAAGGUGUCAACUCAGUAUGUUUCUCUCCUGAUGGAAAGACAUUAGCUUCUGGUAGUGAUGAUAAGUCUAUCGUUCUGUGGGAUAUAAAAACAGGAGAACAAAAAUCCAAAUUGGAUGGUCAUUAAUAUGGUGUCAAAUCAGUAUGUUUCUCUCCUGAUGGUAAGACAUUAGCAACAAGUAGUGGAAGUAGUUUUGGUUAUUGCAUUGAUAACUCAAUUCGUCUAUGGGAUGUAUAAACAUUACAACAAAAAGCCAAAUUCGAUGGUCAUUAAUAAGGUGUCAACUCAGUAUGUUUCUCUCCUGAUGGAAAGACAUUAGCUUCUGGUAGUGAUGAUAAGUCUAUCGGUCUGUGGGAUAUAAAAACAGGAGAACAAAAAUCCAAAUUGGAUGGUCAUCAAUAUGGUGUCAACUCAGUAUGUUUCUCUCCUGAUGGAAAGACAUUAGCUUGUGGUAGUAAUGAUAUGUCUAUCCUUAUAUGGGAUGUUAAAACAGGAUAACAAAAAGCCAAAUUGGAUGGUCAUAAUGAUAAUGGCACUGUCAACUCAGUCUGUUUCUCUCCUGAUGGAAAUACAUUAGCCUUUGGUUGUGAUGGCAACUCUAUCUCUCUAUGGGAUGUAAAAACAAGAUAAUAAAAAGCCAAAUUUGAUGGUCAUACUAACACUGUCUACUCGAUCUGUUUUUCUCCUGAUGGAAAUACAUUAGCUUCAGGUAGUGAAGAUAAGUCUAUCCGCCUAUGGAAUGUAAAAACAGGAUAAUAACAAACCAAAUUAAAAGGUCAUUCAAAAACCGUUUGGUCAGUCUGUUUCUCUCCAAAUGGGAAUAUUUUAGCAUCUGGUAGUAUUGAUGACUCUAUCCGCCUAUGGAAUGUCAAAAAUGGAUAAUUAAAUGGCUUUUUGUCAGGUCAUUGUAGUUAUUUCUAUUCAGUCUGUUUCUCGCCUGAUGGAAAAAAAAUAGCGUCUGGUGGCGAUUAUGGUAAUGUCCAACUAUGGGAUAUUAAAGCUUCGAGCAAAAUAGUUGUCUUAAGAGGUCAUUUCAGCUGUGUAAAAUCAGUCUGUUUCUCUCCUGAUGGAAAAACAUUAGCUUCUAGUAGUGAUGAUACGUCUAUCUGUCUAUGGGAUGGCAAAACAGGAUAAUUAAUAGCCAAAUUAUUUGCUCAUACUAAUUAUGUUAGAUCUGUAUGUUUCUCUCCUGAUGGUAAUACAUUAGCUUCUUGUAGUGAUGAUAUGUCUAUCCGUUUAUGGGACAUUAAAACAUAAAAGGCCAAACUAAAUCGUCAUUAUAAAAAUGUUAGAUCAGUCUGUUUUUCUCCUGAUGGAAAUACAUUAGCUUCCGGUAGUGAAGAUAAGUCGAUCCGUCUAUGGGAUGUAAAAACAGGAUAACAAAAAGCCAAAUUGGAUGGUCAUUAAAAUGGUGUCAACUCAGUAUGUUUCUCUCCUGAUGGAAAUACAAUAGUUUCAGGUAGUAAAGAUAAGUCGAUCCGUCUAUGGGAUGUAAAAACAGGACAACAAAAAUUCAAAUUGGAUGGUCAUCAAUAUGGUGUCAACUCAGUCUGUUUUUCUCCUAAUGGAAAUACAUUAGCUUCCGGUAGUGAAGAUAAGUCGAUCCGUCUAUGGGAUGUCAAAACAGGAUAAUAAAAAGCCAAAUUAGAUGGUCAUACUAGUACUGUCUAUUCAGUCUGUUUUUCUACUGAUGGAAAAAUAUUAGCUUCUGGUGGUUAGGAUAAGUCUAUAAGUUUAUGGGAUGUCAAAACAGGAUAAUAAAUUGCAAAAUUAGAAGGUCAUAAUAAUUUUAUCAAUACAGUUUGUUUUUCUCCUGAUGGUAAUACAUUAGCAACCGGUAGUGGAUAUACUAAUGGUUAAAGUAUUGAUAACUCAAUCCGUCUAUGGAAUGUAAAAACAGGACAACAAAAAGCCAAAUUGGAUGGUCAUUAAUAUGGUGUCAACUCAGUAUGUUUCUCUCCUGAUGGAAAUACAAUAGCUUCGGUUAGUGAUGAUUAGUCUUUAAUUUUAUGGGAUGUCAUUACAUAAUAAAAACAUGCAAAAUUUGAAGGUCAUAAUCAUUGUAUCAACUCAGUUUGUUUCUCGCCAGACGGAAUUACACUAGCAACUGGUAGUGGAAAUCCUUUUGGUUUAAGUAUUGAUAACUCUAUACGUCUAUGGAAUGUCAAAACAGGAUAAUAAAAAGCCAUUUUGGAUGGUUAUUAAUAUUAAGUUUAAUCUGUCUGUACCUCUCCUGAUGAUGGAAAUACAUUAUCAACUGGUAGUUAUGAUAACUUAAUCCAUCUUCAGGAUGUCAAAAUAGGAUAAUAAAAAGCUAAAUUUGAUGGUCAUAAUGUUAUUUCAGUCUGUUUCUCUCCUGAUGGAAAUACAUUAGCUUCUGGUAUUUAUGGUUGCUCUAUUCGUCUAUGGGAUGUUAAGAAUGGAAGAGAAAUUUCAUCAACUAACAAAAAAUAUAAAGACAUUCUUACUAAAUUUAAAGCCCCACUUUUUUUAGAAAAUCCUCUACCAAGUUUUUAUAUGAUAAUUAUUUUUUAGAAUAAAACAAUAUUACAAUUCUUAGAAUAUCUCAAACACCAUUAUUUUAAGCAUAAGGAGCUUUAAUCUUAAAAGGAGAUUUUAUAAAUUAUGAGGGAUACGAUCUAAGAUCAUUAUUCAAAUCAAAAGGUAGUUACAUUUUAGAAGACUUUUAGAAAAAGUGAUUUUGAUUAUUCAACAUAAAUUAUAAUUAGUGAUGUAAUUGAAUGCUAAAAUAUCAAAAAAAAUUAAUAUUACCUUCUUAUAUUGCACUAUUUUAUUAGAGCAGAAUUUUGA